UCUUGCCCAUGAAUUUCAACCAGCUUUGACUCUCAACGGGCGAGACUGACAGGAGGGCUGUCAUGCGGCUUGUAGUCUGAGAGAGGGAAUAUAAUCACCAAGAGUCAAGUGGACACGCCAACAAAAGGAUGGGUUUCUAUCUCAUGAAACAUUUGGCUGCCAGCUUGCCGUUCGUCGCCGCAUUGUUGCUUGUUGCGCUGUCCAGUGCUGAAAGAGUGUGUCCCAGGACGUGCAGGUGUGACGGCAAGAUCGUGUACUGCGAGUCCCAAGCUCUCCAGCAGAUCCCGCUGAACAUCUCCGCCGGCUCGCUCGGCCUGUCCCUCCGCUACAACAGCAUCAAGUCGCUGCGGCCCCACCAGUUCUCCGGCCUCAACCAGCUCACAUGGCUCUACCUGGACCACAACUAUGUCCACGCGGUGGACGAGAACGCCUUCCAGGGCAUCCGCCGGCUCAAGGAACUGAUCCUGAGUUCGAAUAAAAUCACCCGGCUGCACAACAGCACCUUUCACCCCGUGCCCAACCUCCGCAAUCUGGACCUGUCCUACAACAAGAUGCACGCCCUGCAGGCUCAGCAGUUCAAGGGGCUGCGGAAGCUGCAGAGUUUGCACCUGAGGUCUAAUUCUCUGAAAGCCAUACCUGUCCGGGUCUUUCAGGAUUGUCGGAACCUGGAGUUUCUGGACCUGGGCUACAACCGCCUCCGCAAUUUGGCCCGCAAUGUCUUCGCCGGCCUGAUGAAGCUGACCGAGCUCCACUUGGAGCACAACCAGUUCUCCAAGGUCAACCUGGCCCACUUCCCACGCCUGGCCAGCCUCCGCACGCUCUACCUUCAGUGGAACCGGAUCAGGGUGUUCAGCCAGGGCAUGUCCUGGACAUGGAGCUCAUUGCAGAAGUUGGAUUUAUCGGGCAAUGAGAUCCAAGCCAUCGUGCCCGGCGUGUUCCAAUGCGUGCCCAACCUCCACAGCCUUCACCUGGACUCCAACAAACUCACCACCAUCAGCCAAGAGAUCCUGAGCUCCUGGACGUCGCUGACCAGCAUCAGCCUCUCGUCCAACAUCUGGGAAUGCAACAGGAACAUCUGCUCGCUGGUCAACUGGCUCAAGAGCUUCCAAGGCUACAGAGAAGGCGCCAUGAUCUGUGCAGGACCUAAGCCGCUGCAGGGUGAGAAUGUGAUGGAAGCGGUCGAGAGUUACAAAAUUUGCAGUGGGGCUCCCUCGGUUGUCACCCAGAGGCCACACGGCUCCAAGACAACACACAAAACAGUUGCCCCCACACCAACAAGCGCCGUCAGCAGACCCCAACUGCCUGUCACUGCCCACCCUACAAACGAAUCGAUACCCGAGUCAGAACAUGACUUUGAACCUAUUUCCUUCCAUAAAAUAAUUGCAGGCAGUGUGGCCCUCUUUCUCUCUGUCACCAUGAUCUUGCUGGUUAUCUACGUUUCCUGGAAAAGGUACCCAGCCAGCAUGAAGCAACUGCAACAACGGUCCCUCAUGAAGAGGCGGCGAAAAAAGAGGGAAUGCGAGAGGCAGAUUAACUCCCCACUGCAGGAGUACUAUGUGGACUACAAGCCAACUAACUCAGAAACCGUGGACGUACUGGUCAAUGGGACUGCAGCUUGCACGUACAGCAGACCGGUCUCAAGGGAAUGUGAGAUUCCGUCACAUGCUACUCCACUGCCCAUGAACAUCACAGCCUUUUACAACUAUGAUCAGCCACUGGUUGGGUACUGCAAAGCACAUCAGACUCUUCACAUACAUAAGCGGUACGAGACCCCUCUGCAGGAAGAACCAGAGCCUAGCAAUGUAGAGCCGGGUAUGAGUCGAAACGUCAUUAGCACAGUGGCUCGCUCAGCUAUACCCAACAUACAUCUUGAAGCACCUCACUCACCAUAGAACGAUAUCCCGUAGGCGAUGGACUUUGAUGCGACAAAUUCUCGUAUGGAAGAACAAAAAGACAAAGGAGGAUAAAGACAAACUUUUAAGUGGUCCUUGCUGAGUCUAAAAAAAAAUGGAUACAACUCUGAACAGUCUGUGGCCAUUAAACUCAAACAGCUAAAUU